GCUUAAACUGUUCUCAAUAAGAGAGAAGAGAAGAACAUCACUUUGAUUUAUUUCCAGAAAUCAAAUUACGAUUCUUUUAUACUUUUGGUUAUUUCGAUUUGUGUAAACAUGUUUUGAUCUUAACACAGAUUCUCUCCCCUCCUCUUUUACGAUUCUUUUAUUCUUUGAUUCUUCCUCCUUUUUUUCUAAAUGAAUAUCGCAUUUCCUUGUGAAAUGGAUCCGUCUUCCAAAAACCCAUCUCGGAUUCUUCCCAAGGAAGAAAAAAUCUAUAAACUUUACCUCGGCUUCUCCACGAAUCUCUUCUUGGUUCUCUCACUAUUCACUUGUCGAGCAGUUGCAGGUCACUCCUGGGACGGCGUGGCCGUGACUCAGGCCAACUACCAGGCGCUUCGAGCCAUCAAGCACGAGCUCAUCGACUUCUCCAGCGUUCUCAGGACCUGGAACGACUCCGGCUAUGGAGCCUGCUCCGGUGGCUGGGCCGGAAUCAGGUGUCUCAGAGGUCAGGUCAUCGCCAUUCAGCUUCCAUGGAAAGGCCUUGGCGGUAGAAUCUCCGAAGAGAUCGGACAGCUCAGUGCUCUCAGAAAGCUUAGCCUUCACGACAACGUCAUCGGUGGCUCGGUCCCUCACUCCCUCGGCUUCCUCCGUAACCUCCAUGGCCUCCAUCUCUUCAACAAUCGUCUCUCGGGUUCCAUCCCUGCAUCCAUUGGUAACUGCCCUCUUCUCCAGAAUCUUGAUCUGAGUAAUAACCAGUUAUCUGGGUCCAUCCCGGCUCAUCUGGCUGAGUCCACCCGGCUUUAUAGGCUCAACCUUAGCUAUAACUUGCUUUCGGGUCCUCUUCCCAUCAGUCUCACCAGUUCUUCAUCAUAUACCCUCACUUUUCUUGAUCUUCAGCACAAUAACCUCUCUGGUUCAAUCUCUGAUUCUUGGGGAGGUGAAAGACAUGGAAAUGUGUCCCAACCUCUCAAAAUCUUGAAUCUCAAUCAUAAUCUCUUCUCUGGAUAUGUCCCACGGUCACUUGGCAAGCUUGUAUUGCUAGAGCAGAUCUCCCUAAGCCACAACCAGAUCUCUGGGGCUAUUCCCGGGGAAUUAGGAAGUCUUUCGAACCUUCAGAGCCUCGAUCUGUCUUUCAAUUCGAUCAACGGAACCAUUCCAGAGAGUUUUUUCAUCAACCUUUCCUCUCUCGCUUCCUUAAAUCUCGAAAACAACCGCCUCAACGGGCAAGUCCCGGACACCAUUGAUGGAAUGCAGAAUCUUACAUUGCUCAACCUUAAGAGGAACGAGUUUGAAGGCCAUAUCCCGGAGACUAUAGGGAAUAUCUCCAGAAUCAGUCAGCUUGACCUGUCUGAAAAUAACUUCACCGGGCCGAUUCCACCCUCUUUGAUCAGUCUUGAGAAUCUAUCUUCUCUCAAUGUCUCGUUCAACGGCCUAUCGGGUCCUGUCCCGACUCCUCUCACCAGAAAGUUCAACUCGAGUUCUUUCAUGGGAAACCUUCAGCUUUGUGGCUACAGCGCCUCAAACCCAUGCCCUUCUCCAACUCACCCUCUAAAUCAGUCACAUCCACCAACUGAACAACCAAGAAAACACCACCACCAUCGCAGAAAACUCAGUGCAAAAGACAUAAUUCUAAUCGCCAUUGGAGCUCUUUUGGCCCUUCUGCUUCUGUUAUGCAUCAUCUUGUUCUGCUGUCUCAUGAAGAAACGGUCCGCUCUGAAACAAAAAGAGGGGAAGAUCUCGACCCGGUCUGUCCCAGAGAAGGCGGCAGCAGCAGCCGGUGAAUCGGCCAGCGAGAUGGGAGGAAAGCUGGUGCAUUUCGACGGCCCGUUCGUGUUCACGGCUGACGACCUUCUUUGUGCUACGGCUGAGAUCAUGGGGAAGAGCACUUAUGGAACGGCUUACAAGGCGACGCUCGAGGACGGGAAUGAGGUGGCGGUGAAGCGGCUGAGGGAGAAGACGACCAAAGGCGUGAAAGAGUUCGAGGCAGAGGUUGCAGCCUUGGGGAGAAUUCGGCAUCCAAAUCUUCUGGCACUCAGGGCUUAUUACUUGGGUCCCAAGGGAGAGAAGCUUCUCGUCUUUGAUUACAUGCCUAAGGGCAGCCUCUCUUCUUUUCUUCACGCUCGAGGCCCUGAAACCCUAAUUCCAUGGGAGACAAGGAUGAAGAUAGCAAAGGGAAUAGCACGUGGCCUCUCUCACCUUCACACGAAGGAGAACAUGAUCCACGAGAAUCUGACGGCAAGCAACAUUCUCCUGGACGAGCAGACCAAGGCCCACAUCGCCGACUACGGCUUCUCCCGGCUCAUGACCGCGGCUGCGGCCACAAACGUGAUCGCUACAGCGGGAACGCUAGGGUACCGAGCCCCAGAGCUGUCCAAGAUCAAGAACGCGAGCACCAAGACGGACGUAUAUAGUCUAGGAGUCAUCAUAUUGGAGCUGUUGACGGGGAAAUCUCCAGGAGAGCCCACGAACGGAAUGGAUUUGCCGCAGUGGGUUGCUUCCAUUGUGAAAGAAGAGUGGACCAAUGAAGUAUUCGACUUGGAGCUGAUGGGCGAAGCUCAAAGCGUUGGGGACGAGCUUCUCAACACUCUGAAAUUGGCUUUGCAUUGUGUGGAUCCGUCGCCGGCGGCUCGGCCGGAGGCCGGGCAGCUUCUGCAGGAACUGGAGGAGAUUCGGCCGGAGAUGGCGGAGGCGACUGGUUCCGGCGAUGAAGGAGCUAAAGAAGAGCAAUCAAAGGAUGAGUAAAGACGGUGAAAUGAGAAAAAGGGUUUGGAGCGAAAUAAUGAAGGGCUUUUUGUUUGGGUUUAGGAUUAUUAAAAGGUGAAAAGAAGAUACAUAUAUAUAUAUAUAUAUAUACAAUAUAAUCUUUUAUUCUUUGAUUCAAGAAACUUUAUAGAUCCGGUUAUGCUUGUAUGUUUAUAAUAACAAUUAUGUGAUGAUAGAAUAAUAAUUUGUGAAAUUAAAUUA